UGCUGUGUGCUGGUGGGAGAAAAUCAGAAGAAAGGAUGGUGGAAACAAGCUCUGUUUCCAGUAGUGCGCGACACGCCAUAUGAGCUGGAGAUUUGUCAAAUUGUUCAUAAGGGGCAAUAAUCUCACAUGACACGUGCAAUUUCUCAUAAUGAAAAGUGUCACGUGCAGCAAAUUUUUAAACUUUUUAAAAAAAUUUUAGUUCUCAAGGACGACUUUUUUAAAAUAAUUUUAAAAUAAUAUUCUGCUAAUUUUUAUUAUUUCAAAAAAGUAUUUCAUGUUUUGGACAUUGAAUCAAAAGCUCAAACCUCUGUGUUUAAAAAUAAAAUUUUAGAUAAAAAAUAUAAUUUUUAUUGUCUAGCUUUCUGAACUAUGUGCGGUUAAUUUUAAAAUUGGAAGAAAAAACAAAAGUGAAAGAUUUGUGAUUAUUGUUCUAGCAGUUCGCUUAUUUGGAAAAGUGGAUUCGAAUGUAUGUAAAUAUAGACAGAAUUGUUGGCCCUCAAAAUUAACAAACUGGACUAAUUUUAAUCAAAUGAAAGGAGUUACCAGGUGAUAAGCACCCUCCUAAUUCUUGCGACACGUCGACGCGACCUUCUUGCUUUGCAUCAUCCGCAAUAGGGGAUUUUUUUCCUGGCCGCAUACAGAAUUGCGAGGGAAGCUAUGAGGACCAAAAAUAUGAGGGGUACGGAGAAGAGAAAAUUGGACGACAAGUGAAACUGCACACGAUAUUCUAUUCAGAUUAUUUUGAAUAACGAAAAUGAAAUGGGACGUUGUGUUGUAUCUCAUUUUUAUGAUUAUUCAUUUCUGUACCGCAUUUCUUGAAACGAGAGGAUGCAAUCGAACGGUUCGAAAUUCUGUUGGAUGGAUUAGAUGGACCGGACGAAUGGGGAAAUGUAUCAUUCAAAUUAAGACUCCUUCAAAGGAUCCUCAGAUAAUUGAACUUCGAAUAAGAAGGUUGCAAGUGGGUAUUUUAAAGAAUUCAAAAUGCGAAGGAGCGUACAUACAAUUUUUCGAAAAUUCAGACAUUUUCAAAGACGAUUCUGGACGCUACUGUGGACACAUUACGAGUAAUACAACCAGGUUAUUUUUAAAAAGAGGUCCCGACUUGACUUUAGUGAUGAAUUCGGAGACAAAUUUCGCUGCGAAGAAUCCUGUAAUUUUUUCUGCUCAAUAUUCAAUUUUGCCAUCGCGUUUGGCAAAUGAGCGACAUCGAGGGGUCGUUGGCCCCGCGGUCAGCGAAUGUCCUCUUGAAUGCAGAUAUCGAAAUGACCGAAGAACUUGUCGCUUAGUUUCGCCAGGAUAUCCCGGCGUCUACCCUCGUGGCAUUAGAUGCAGAGUUUCUCUCGAAUCUAGCACAGGGAGAUUUCGCAUAGGCGGCUCUGAGGACCUCUACAGUUUAAUGAAUUACACUCAUCAAGACGGUUGCUACACAGAAAACUGUCAAGACUUUUUCGAACCCGACAGUAGUUCGUCUUUGGAAACAAAGUCAAGUUAUUUUCCAGCCGCAAGAAUACGAACUUUAAGAAGUAUAAAUAUUAAGCCAAAAGAGGAUGAGGAUGAGAAUGAAAGUCGCCCUCAAGUUCCGAAAGCCUCAACUACCAGAACAAGAGUAAUAACUCCAGGAAGGAAAACUAAUGGAAACACAUUGAAAAUUGACGAAAACUUAAAUAGCAACAAAUUGAAACAUAAUGGUAUCAUCAGGCAUCGUCAUUCUGAACUCAGGACCAAAACAAAAUCAUUCGAAUCUAAUCGAUUUCGACACGAAGGACAUUUUAAAGAAAAGAGAAUAUCAUUCGGCGUUUGGAACCCAUUCAACUCCAACAGCGGUCCAUUACCAAAAGGGAUCAAUGAAAAUAGAGAUAAAAAUCUUCCUUCUAAUAAUGAAUCAAGUAAAUUUACAAAAAGUGCGAAUCCAGAUUCCAUUCAAGGGGAGAACUGUUUAGGCGAUUACUUGGCCCUACUGGAGAAUAUAAAUGGUAAAAUUUUGGAAAUCACGAAAUUUUGUGGCGAGGGUCGCAUACCUCAAAUCUUAUCAAGAGGAAGAAAUAUUAUCAUUGAGUUCUUUGCCAGCAACGACGGGACCAUUAUGCACGAUGGAUUCCACUUAACUCUACAGGAAAUUGAAGCCACUAAAUCAAGUUAUGAGAAGAAUUGUGAAUUUCUCUUUAAAAGCUCCGAUAAGUCGAGAGAAAUAAUCAAAUCAGUCGAUAACUGGUAUCCGCCGAGAACAUUUUGUACUUAUAAAUUUUUAGGUAAAGUUACCGAGAAGGUAUCGAUUCAAUUGAAAAUUAUUCGAAAUGCGUUACUUGAGUCGAAUGACUUUUCGAAAAAAAAUAACACUAAACCGUCAGUUCACUGUACGGGGAAUGAAAUUACAAUUUACAAUGGAGCUUACGAAAAUAAUAAUCUUAUGCUCUGGUCUUUUUGCGAUUCAACAAACUCUGAUAUUAAUAACAUUCAGGUACCCAUUAUUUCAAGUGGAAAUUCCUUAAUGGUACAGUUUUUCAGCUCAAAGGGAUCCUUCGAUGGACAGGAAUUUACAUACACUAUUUCCUACAAAUUCAUUAAAAAAUCGCACAAUAUCACUCGAAGGAGGCAAAUUAAAAUCGAAGAAACAAAAUUAAUUUCCUUGCGGCCAGUGGAUUUUUCAGUCUUAAAUUUAAAUGAAACUGAAAUUUGUGACUGCGAUAUUUCAGAUAGAAUUGGAAGCUUUAAAAGCUGGUUCAUGGUUCUUGUGGUUUUAGGGGUCAUUUCAUUUUUAGGCGCAAUGUUAACGAUCGUUGCUCUCCUAACAAAGUGGAUGAAAAUGCGUGCUACUGAAAAAAGUUUACUGCAAACUCCAAAGUAAAUAAACGUAUAUUCUAAUAAGAAAAACUAAAUUCAAAAUUUAACAAUCAGAUCGUUUUAUUGCAUAUCAGCCGUAUCAACAAAAUUAAAGAAAAUAAGAUAUCAACCGCGCCAAACUUAAAAAAAUUAAUUAGUAAACAAAAAAGAAUAGAGUAUUCAUGCUUAGCACUUUAACUAGAUAAAUUAAACUUAAUUUAAUCUUAAUUAAUAACUUAAUUUAUUAUUUAUUUGAAAAAUGUACAUAAUUUUUUUUCAUUUUUUACAAAUAAAAUCUUUUUAUAAAUCGAGAAACAGAAGUGUCUGUUUGAAAUUUCUUUUUAAAACAUUUUUAUUGACUGUCUGUCCAAUAUUUUACGAAUCGUAAUAAAUUAGAGGCUAAUUUUUUUUAAAAUGUAAUCAAGCAUUUGUUAUAAUAUCCGUAAUUUUACUUAUUCAGAUUUAAAAAGAAAAAUACGUACAUAAUAAAUGCAAACAAUGUGAUACAUUAGAUUACACUUAAAUUGAUAAGGUUUAAAUUAUUAAAAACAAUGUGAUAUAAUACACUUAUUUUUGUUUAGGACAAAGAGCACAUAUAUAAUAAUAUAUACUACAGUAUUAUAUUAUUUGUUUUUAUAUUUUAUUAGUUGAUAAUUUCUUAACACUUAUGUGCAUAAUUUUUAAGCCCUACAUUAUAAAAUAAUAUUUAAAAUAAACGAAAGACAAUUAAGAAUAACUGAUAAAUUCUCUUUUCUUUGGUGAUUUUUCAAAAUAUUAUGUGAUACUUGGAUCUACCUACAAUUUUUUUUACCUUCUCCUAGAAUAUUGAAUUAAAUCGUCUUUCAUAUUCAAUCCGCCAUUUUGAAUUUUGAAAAAGCGAUGCAAUUUCACAUGCAGCGUUUCAAAAAGUAGAAUUUGAUUGUACUUCUUCAAAUCAUUUGAUUUAAUUUAUUAAAUUUGGAAAAUGUUAUUGAUAUUUUUCCCCAUUUAUGACUUGAAAGUAUCAUUCAUAUCACUUUUAUAGUCGCCGCCGUGUUAAAUUUUAAAAAUUGAUGAUUUGCAAUAGAUUACAUUGUAACUCAUAAGAUGUAAAUCAUAAUAUUUAUAUAUGAGAGAGAAAAAGAAGGAUAUAUAUUUUGUCCUUUUCUUUUCUAUAUAAUGUUUGCAAAUUUGCGAUUUACGUCUUACGAUUUUCAAUGUGCUUAUUAGCUCUCUUUUUGAAAGUACAAAUUAUUUUUAGCUUUGUCUAUAGCGUUAAAUUUUGUCUAGCGGCUAUUUUUCAAACAAAUGAAUAAUUAAUAUUAAACUAACACUGUUAACUGUUAAUAAUGAUUUUGAGGUUAGACAUAAAAAUACGAAAUGUUUCAUUAAAACUAAUUAA